AUGGCUUCAAUUGCAGACGAGAUUGAGUACAAGCUUGACGCUGUCAAGGCGUCGUCGCUUGCUCCUGACGAGAUUGACCCGACGUUCCGAUCAACAUGUAUUGAUCUGAUUUCUGGUACACUGGGAGGCAAGAUCCUCGGCUUCUCAGAUCAAUGGUUCGCCGAGGCCGCAAACCUCUUGACUCCUACCCCGCCUAUCCGGCAACCGGGUAAGAUGGUCUUCACAGGUGCUUGGUACGAUGGCUGGGAGACCCGACGACACAACUCCGAGCCCUUCGACUGGGUCAUCAUUCGGUUGGGCGUGGCCUCCGGUACAGUCGAGGGAAUCGAGGUCGACACGGCCUUCUUCUCGGGGAACCAUGCACCGGCAAUUUCAGUCGAGGGCGUCUUUAGCCAGGACGAUGACGAGGUUGUCUCAUGGCAAGGAGGCCGGGGGAAGUGGGAGACCAUUCUCGGGGUUCAAGAGGGCGGCCCGUCACAGCGUUUCGGCUGGAAGCUCGAUGCGCCAACCCGACAGCAGUACACGCACGUGAGGCUAAACAUGUAUCCCGACGGCGGUAUUGCGCGGUUCCGCCUGUUCGGACACGCAGUGCCCGUCUUCCCCGACAACAAGGACGCCGUCUUUGACCUCGCGGCAGCGCAGAACGGCGGCGUUGCUGUCUCCUGUAGUGACCAGCACUUUGGCACCAAGGAUAACCUCCUGCUGCCGGGACGGGGCAAGGACAUGGGCGACGGUUGGGAGACGGCACGGUCCCGCACCAAGGGCCACGUCGACUGGACCAUCAUCAAGCUCGGGGCGCCUGGCUACGUCGAGAAAUUCGCUAUUGAGUGGAAGGGCGAGGGAAACCCGUCCGCCGAGGCCGAGGGCUGGGGCGAGGUGGUACCGCCCAGUAAGACGGGCCCAGACCAAGAGCAUGAUUUCACCAGCUCGGCCAAGGACGCUGUGGGAACGCAUGUCAAGCUCAUCAUGAUUCCCGACGGUGGAGUCAAGAGAUUGAGGGCAUUUGGCAAGCGAGCCUGGGUAGGACGCCCUCCACGACCACCACCUCGCACGAUACCACCGCGGCCUUCGUUUCCUCCACGAGACAACACAUCGCGAGCCGCAUACCCCCGUCUCCAACGUCACUCCGCCCGCGACCCCCGAAAACUCCCCUCACGCGCGAAAUUCCAUGAGCCAGAUCCGGUGUCUGGCUGUGCCCCUCCUUCCAGCAUGGAUCUAGGAGAUUCCACCAGCGACGACGGCUUCCCGAAGCCCCGCGUCCUGCCGUCGGAUCUUCCCAAGUCUUUGGACGACCGCCGACAUGUUCCAGUCGAUCUCAUCCCCGAGACGGAGAUGUACGAUGGUUGGCAGGGCCAGUCGCAGUUCCUCACAACGCCCGCUCCGGCGAAGCCCCUAAACUUUGGCAACCUAUCGCUCAACGACAACAACUUUGAUGAUGACGUUCCAGCGGGACCCAAAGAUAGCGACACGCGAUUACUGGAAAUGCUUGCUGCCCAAGCUGCGCACCAAGCCGGUCCCGGCUUUGACGACGAGGACGAGAUCGCCAACAGUGAAACCCUGACCGACUCGGAGAAGAAGGAUAAGCUUCAAAAAGCCCUGAACAUGGCUGCUAGCAAUGGUGAUGUUGAACGGAUAAAAAGGCUCUUGGGCGGACGGGGCAAGGAGUACAUUGAUAUCAAUGCCGAGGACGAGGAUGGAACGCCACCCCUCAUCUAUGCUAGCUGCUUUGGCCACGAGACCGUUGUACAUGCGUUGAUCAACGCUGGCGCAGAUGUCAACAAGCAGGAUCGGAAUCAAUGGACCGCUCUUAUGUGGGCCAUGACGAAUCGACACAAGGGCAUUGCGAAGCUACUUUUGGAUAACAACGCAUCUUCAGAUCAAAAGACGUCAUCAGGGCGGACGGCUUUUGAUUUUGUUCCUCCGGAUAGCGAAAUGUCAUACUACCUCCACGACAACGGCUAUAAUAUUGGAAACGCGGGUGUCGUUGAUGACUUCUACAACCCUGGCUUCUCCCAGGACCGAUUUGAGGAGGAGAUGGCAGAAAACGAGAUGCGAAGGCGCUUGAUGAUGGAGAGCGCCCGAGAUCUCGAGGUUGACUUGGGCAAUGUGGGCAUGGACGAUCAGCCCGAGCCGGUUGAUGAUUUCGAGGAGGAGCAACAAGAAUUUGACUGGAGCCGGUGCUUGCACGACCAAAUGUUUGUCUUCCAGGAACACGAACUGAAUCGGAUCCUGGACAUUAUCAUCACCAAAAUGACACCCCAAAGAUCACCAUCGCAAAAGCCUGUGCCCGCAAACAUGAUUUUCUUGAGUGCGAGGUACGCGCAUUAUCAUUCAAGUCCAGAGUUAUUGGAGAGACUCUUAGUUUCAGCCAUGGACUAUAUCAAUGAUGUGGUCGAAAGAUUCCAGUGGGAUAUGACAAUACUGGCUUUCUGGAUAUCAAACGCAACUCUCCUACUACACUAUCUUAAGAAAGACUCCGGACUUCUUGAGGCGACCUCUGAGUUCCAGGCACAGCUCGCCGAGCUGAUCAACGAAAUCUUUAUCCUGAUCGUCCGAGAUGCAGAGCGACGUCUGGAUAAGGUGCUAGAUGUGGCUAUGCUGGACCACGAGACAAUUCCUGGAUUCGAGGAUAUUACGUUCCAGAAUGAGUGGAAGCUGUUUAAGCGAAAGGCACAAGUCAAGGAGGAGCCGAUAGAGAAGCGAUUCCGUCCUCCAUCGCCAAAGCAGCGAGCGAAGCCUGCACCGCGAAACGUUACCUCUCUCCUCUCCUCCACCUUGUUCGUGCUGGACUUGUACGACAUCCACUCGGUGAUUACGACCCAAAUCAUAUCUCAGCUUCUCUACUGGAUCGGGGCUGAGCUCUUCAACCGAAUCAUGUCAAACCGGAAGUAUCUAGCGAGGACCAAAGCCAUGCAAAUCCGCAUGAAUAUUUCAAUACUGGAGGAUUGGGCCCGUACGAACAACAGGCAAGCGGAGCAUUUUGAGGGAGGAGAGACGCGUUCAUCAGGGGAGACAACGAUGGAGGCUGCUCGGAGACACCUGGCACCUGUCAUCCAACUGUUACAGUGGCUCCAAUGUUUCUCGUCCCUAGACGCGGACGAUCUAGAGGCGUUAGUGGGCACACUUCAGCAGCUGAAGAGGCUCAGUCCACAACAGCUGAUGCACACGGCCAAUCACUACAGGCCCGAGGUGGGCGAGAAGGGGCUUCCGAAGAGCGCAAUGAAAUACCUCGUCGCCAUUCAAAAGGAGGCAACACUUAAGCGAGAUCGACGACGCAGUGGAAUGGUGACACCGCUGCCAAAGUCGGGUCAGGACAGCAGUCCGGUUACGCCCGUCAAGAGUCGGUCAAACGGCAACGGUCUAGAGACGCCUGGGAGCGUUCCCGGCUCAGGAAGCCCUCAGCAAGACGACUACUCAGACGACGACGAUGCACCGGAGCACCUACUACUGGAUCCCGCGCUGAUGCUGCCUUUUACACUGCCAUCGGUGACUGACAUGCUCGUGUCAUACGGAGCCGGGUUUGGAGGCAUGAAUCGAGAGCGGGAGCGGAAAUAUAUUCCGACGGUACCCCCGGAGUUUCUGGAGAAGCUCGAGGUGACGGGGACACGGAAAGGGCCUAUGUUUGGAGAGGCCGACUGGGAGAAUGAGGAGGUGUGA